AUGGCUCACAGGGACGUUCUUCGUGGUACGGGCUUUUACGAAGUGUUAUCCCUGAAGCGGACUGGCUUGAGCAUCGGCGCUCUUCCGAGUAUGUGCUACCGACUGUACGAUGACCGUUACUUGAUGCAAUGCAUCACUGAAGAGGCAGGCUACCAUGACCUACAGCGCUUUCGCGAGUACUUAUUGGGCCGCGAGCUCAACAUUGGCCUCAUCAUCGGCCCAUCGGGAUCCGGAACGACAACCUUGGGAGCUGCUGCAAUUCUGGCUAUGCAAGUCCAGUUGGGGCAGAUUCUGUGCUCUGGCCCUUCUCAUGAGGCGAUCGACAUCUUUGCCGACCCCCUGGAUCAGAGAGCAAGAGCCGUCGCCGCAUGGUACAACACAGUAAUGCCUGCUGGCGAUCCUAAGCGAUACUACCAUCGAAUGAUGAACUUCGAGGAUCUCGACUGGACCGCCCGCAGGGGGGAGUUCGCCGACAAAUGCCAUUGGAAGCUUCAUCUGUCCUUGACAUACUGGUUCUUGGUAGUCAUGCGCUCAAGCGUCGUACCGCCGCUCGGCGAAGACUCGAAACCAGGCCUGGUAAAGCUCCAGGCCGAGAUUGACACGCGCCCCAAUCUGUUGCAUUGGGUAACUGGGCAGAUGGAUUCUGCGAAAUAUGCCGCCACCGCCAACACUGUUGGAAACAUCGAGCAUGUGUUAUUUAAAGUCAUGUUCCAGGCGGAUUUUCUUUGCGUCCAUCCUGCUGACACAGAAAAAUCGCCGAUUCCUCAAUGGAAGAGUUUCAUUGCUCGAGAUCUUGUUAUCGGCGAAGCCGGCAGCAUGAGUCAAGCGGAGUUCUACGGUCUCUGGGGGAACUCCCUCCUCCCAUGCUUCCUCUUCGGCGAUCCUGAUCAAAAUCCUGUUGUUCUUACAACUGACGAGGCUGACAGCGACGGCAAUUUGCACAACCGGUUUGCGGCAGAUGGCACAGUUUCGCCGCUGAAAUAUCUCAUGGCAACAGGCAUCCCCGCGUUCCACUUGGAUAUUUCUGCGCGGCCCUAA